GUGUAAGUCAGUGUUAGUGUGUACGUCAUUAACAUUCCACGUGUGUUGUCCUUUGUUGCUUUUUCUUUCAAGAGUAUUCCAAUUUACUGAGACAAAUCUAACCUACACUGGAGUUGAACUCUCACCCAUUUUAUGAGCAAGUGACUCUCUCCAAAUCAGUCGACUGUGCAUAGGGAACUAGUCCCUCCCUUCAACAAUAUCACACCAGUGAACUGGAAAGUCCUGUUUUACUGUAUAGGCCGGGAACACAAAUACUAACACCUUUUUUGUGCAUCUCCAUUGGGGUCUGAAUACAUAAAUAGACUGUCAUUAAGUCACCAGGACACAAAAUGAGCAAACCAAUGUCUGCGCAAGGCAUGUCCAAAAUGGAGGAGGCAAAGAAUGUGAAGGAUGAGAAUAAGCUGUACUUGCAUGAGGGGAUCCUCUACUCUACAAUCAUGAGUCCCUCAGAAAAUCUUGAAGGCUUGAAGAAGCUGGAGGGCAGACCCGAUGACAUUUUACUGGUGGCCUACCCAAAAUGUGGGUUCAACUGGAUGGUUGCUGUGCUACGCAAAAUCAUGGCUGCAGCCUCUGGGCAACAAGAAGUGUCUCAAAUACCUCCACUGAUGGAGUUUUUCUCUCCUGACAUGCAGAAGGUGGUGGGGGAAAUGCCCUCUCCGCGGUUACUGGGCACACAUCUGCACCCUGAUAACAUCCCUGGCACUUUUAUUGCGAAAAAAACAAAGAUGCUGGUUGUGUUCGAUACAGUCGUAUCAUACUACCACUUCAUGAACACAAACCCUGUUUUGCCUAAUGCCAAAUCCUGGGAUUCAUUUUUCACAGACUUCAUGGAGGGUGAAGUGGCUUGGGGCUCUUACUUCAACCAUGCCCUCGCCUGGGAGAAACUAAUGGACAAUCCUAACAUAUUGAUGGUCACUUAUGAGCAAAUGAAGGAGAAUCUAGGUCAGGGGGUGCAGCAGAUAUCCAAGUUCUUUGGUUUCCCAUUGACUGAAGAGCAAGUCCAGACAAUUGCAGGGCAGAGCACCUUCAAUGCUAUGAAGGACAGUUCCAAGAACACCCAUGGAAAACAUGGCAAUGUGUUUUUCCGAAAAGGUGAAGUUGGAGAUUGGAAGAACCAUCUAAGUGAAGCCCAAAGUAAACAGAUGGACGAGAAGUUUGAGAAGCACCUGGCUCACACUAAACUGGGGGCUAAGUUAAAAUAUGAUAUUUACUGCAAGUAGGGAGUUGAAAUUUCCAGAUCCAAUGCAGAAUAAGCAUAUUCAGAAGAUUGAAAUAGAAAAACGUUGCUCAUGUCUACAGUAGGCCUAAACCUUCUGUAAGAAUACUCAAAGAUAAAUUUACAACGCACAGAAACUAGAGAUCAAUGCAACUAGUUGUUUUUCAGUUCAGCAUCUGUUUAGAAUCUGUGUAGGGGUUCCAGUUUGGACUCAUAGCUACAUGUGGCAAGUUCUCAUUGGUCCAAACUAUCUACAUAUUGAAGCCUGAAAAGGGAUACUUUGUAUUCGGCCAAUUUUACUGCAAUGAAUUCUAAUUGGUUAACCACAGGCUAGGUUUUGGUAUAAACAACAUCCUGUCUCUUUGUUCAAUGGAGAAACAACAAGAACAGGGAAGAAUUAACAUCAACCAUCAACUUUCCAGCAUAUCAACUAUGAUUUGUUAUUUUUGAAUGAAUAUGUUUUCCCCCCCUGAUUUGUUUUGAGGUCUGUGCUGUCGAAAAUAACAUAAACAGAAUAACCAACCAUAUUU